AUGCUGGCAGAGCUGGGGUCCUGUCUGCUGCUGGUGGUGGUGCUGCUGGGCCCAGGUCCCAGGGCCCAUGCUAUGAAAGGUAUCAAAUGUGGGGGUGUGCUCUCAGCACCUUCCGGAAACUUCUCCAGCCCCAACUUCCCCAGGCUCUACCCCUACAACACAGAGUGCAGCUGGCUGAUUGUGGUGGCCGAGGGCUCCUCGGUGCUGCUCACUUUCCACGCCUUCGACCUGGAGUACCACGACUCCUGCAGCUUCGACUACCUGGAGGUGUACAACGGGGCCUCGGGGGACAAGGGCAGCCUGCUGGGGAGGUUCUGCGGCCGGGUGCCCCCACCACCCUUCGCCUCCUCCUGGCACGUCAUGUCUGUCGUCUUCCAUUCAGACAAGCACGUGGCCAGCCGAGGCUUUUCUGCCGGCUACCAGAAAGAUGUGUGUGGUGGUGUCCUAAUGGGCCUUUCAGGGGUCCUUACCAGCCCUGAGUACCCGGACAACUACCCCAACAACGUGGAGUGCCACUGGGUGAUCCACGCCUCCGGCCCUGCCACUGUCAAGCUGGUGUUCGUGGACUUCCAGGUGGAGGGUAGUGAGGAGUGCACCUAUGACUACGUGGCUGUGCUUGGGGGGCCUGGCCCCGCCCGCGGGCAUCACUACUGUGGCAGCACCCGGCCCCCAACUCUUGUGUCCCUGGGCCACGAGCUGCAGGUGGUCUUCAAGUCUGACUUUAACAUUGGAGGCCGGGGCUUCAAGGCCUACUACUUCUCAGGGGAAUGCCAGGAGGUAUACACGGCCGUGCGGGGCAACUUCUCCAGUCCCCAGUACCCCAGCGCCUACCCUAACAACAUUCACUGCCACUGGACCAUCCGCCUGCCUCCAGGCUACCGGGUCAAGGUGUUCUUCCUAGACCUGGACCUGGAGGGUCCCAACAGCCUGACCAGGACCUGUGACUUCGACCAUCUGGCAGCCUUCGAUGGGGCCAGCGAGGAGGCCUCCCUGCUGGGGAAUUGGUGCGGCCACCACCUGCCAGCACCGGUCACCUCGAGCCGCAACCAACUUCUGCUUCUACUGCACACGGACCGCAGCACCACCCGAAGGGGCUUCUCCGUGGCCUACAUUGGAGUUGUGCCCAUGAACGUGAGCUGCUCCCGCACGGACUUCCAGAUCCUGAUCCCCGCACAGGCUCUGGCACCGCUGGAGCGGACCAAGGUCUACCUGGGCAGCCGCAGCUGUGCCGCCCAGGAAGCCGGCGGCACCUUCCGGAUCCAGGCCCGCUUUGACACCUGCGGCACCGAGUCUCAGCGGAGGAACAACACCUCAGUGAUUGUCAGCAUGCUGUACAUCGACUUCUCGGCUGGCGGGCAGGAGGACAUCCAUGAGUAUGAGGUCCGUUGUGAGCCACGGCGCAAGGAGGCUUCUGUCCACCUGCUAUCUGGCUCCAACCGGCUUGGGCCCUAUGCCGCCACAGCUGAGCAUCUUCAGGAAGCGCCACCCAGGGAUGAGGUGGAGGCCCUGGAGGGCCCUGUGGCCAUGGUGCCUCAGGACACCAGUGACAUUGUCUUCCUGGGCCUUUGCAUCCUGGCCGGAGCCCUCAUGGUCGUUGCCAUCGUGGUCCUGAUGCUGCUGUGA